CGGUCCAAAACUUUUCGUUGCUUAGGGAGGUCGAGGAGAAAGUGUCCGCCAUACGGGACUGUAUAGGGAACUCCUUAGCACGACCGGGAGUGUUUGUUAGGAUGAAAUACAUAUCCGUCUUUUCGAAAACUGCAACGGUCGACGAUCCGCUGGUCCGCGUUUAAGGAUCGUCAAUAAAUGCUUUGUAUGGCUACGGUUCGCGACCUCGUCCCCGGGGAACCGCGAUUGUCACAAGAUCUGGACGUGUGGUUGGACAUCCUGCUUAAGCGAAAAGAAGGGAGACGAGUGAGAGGAUUGUGUGAUGCUGAACAUAGCAGAGUUUUAGUAGUGGAGAAAGGCGCGGGAGGCAGCAGUUGCUAAGAACUCGUUCUCGGGGGCGGUUUUGUUUUGGCGAGUGAAAUUUUCGACAUGUUGGAGGACAAAAGCAUCGCUCUAGACGUCCCCUGCGACGUCAACCCAUCCCUGGAGUUGUCGUUGCCGUUGAAGCUGUGCAGCGGUUGCGAGUCAAGCGGGGCAGCGACGGAGGGCGGUGAUCUGGGUUCUGGUCCCGCCACUCAGCAGCACUGUGGCGAGAGCCGAGGUCAGUUCGACGACAGCGAGGAUGAAGGGACUGCUCCGCCGUUGAGUGACACGAGGCGGUCUGUGUUGUCUAUUCCUGGGAAUCAGACUGAUGCUCCGGUUCAGCUCAAGAGUACGGGGCCUGCAGUACAGGUGGCGGCCUAUUCGGAGGUUGACUUGGAGGCGAGCGAGGGACAGGGUCUGGAGGAGGUGGACGCGGGAGGCCUGGGCUGGCAAGGAGCUCCGCAAAAGAGGAGGGGGGAUCGUCUAGACGAGUUUGCCGGUUCUACGAAGAAGUUAAAGAGCAAGGCCUCCAAGACUGUGGGGGAGAAACGAAAGGGGACCGAGGGGGAGCAGGGCCGGCAGGUUGCCAAACGACCGUCUUCGAGACAGAAGCAGCCUGAGUCUGGACCGUCUUCUCCAYCGACAAYAGGGACUCCCAUCGACGUCGACGCCGGGUACUUCCUCGAGUACAAAGACGGCGUUCGGACAAAGCGGGAGUUCGACAUUAGCCCUGCGGAGGUCGUCGACCUCGGGGACUGGGAGGACCUGUACAACCAGCGGUCCCUAGAUCCCGUGCUCGUGGAAAGGAUCAAAGAAGCGAGGCAGUUGGCUUUCGAAAACAAAGCCCUGUCUUACGAUUUACCAACCCUGAAACUGGCGUCGUUGGGGCUUGAUAAACCGACUCCGGGGACCAAGGCAGAACGUUUGAGACCGGAGGAUUGGAGGGAUGAGCUGGCGGGACAAUACUACUACUACGCGGUGUGUGGGCAGCACAACGCGGCUGAAGCGAGGUCGCUGCUCGGCAGCGAGGUGGCCAGGAAGUACAAUUCCGAGCGGUGGCCUGCACGAAUGGUCUACUUCUCGGACGACGACUUCGAAGGGUACUUCCUUGUCAGUUCCCAGGACAACAAGAAGGACCUGAAGGCGCCCCCACGACAGCUGAAGCUGUCAAUGAGGGACAUUAGGUGGCAGUGGAAGCGCGCCGGUUGCCCGCAUCAGCAGGGCGANAAGCUGUCAAUGAGGGACAUUAGGUGGCAGUGGAAGCGCGCCGGUUGCCCGCGUGCUGUUAUGGGGAACCCCAUCGGAAAACAGGAUCAGGUCCGAAAGUGGCGUGAAUUCUGUAAUGUCGCACUCAACAUGACACCGCACAACAACUUGUGGAUUCUCGCAGAUCAGCAGGGCGAGGAGGCCAUCAGGAAACAAGGCGCUGCCCUGCGUUCCUAUUUCCCRCUGGYGAUGGCAGGGGAGAACGUCUGGAAACUGGCCGUCGACUUUUUCGAGAAAUGGGAGACAGGCAGAUUGCUCGGACACGACGGCGCGAAGUGGAUCAUGCSGAAGAAGAAAGUCAAAAACGUGAAGCCUGGGGUUACAUACAUCCAUAAUGACAAGCUGGGCAGGAAGGAGGUCGUGUACAACGUCCYUGUGGACCCGCCRACAAAGAAAGGCRAAAGGGAGAAAGAGGAGGGCGAGUGGUUCGUGCAAGUGCCAGAGYCGGACGCGCAUUGUUGGAAAACGAUGGAGUCGCUGACAGACAACGAGAAGUGCCGCGUUCUGAAGAAGGUGCUCGCUUGCGAGGUGGUUUGGGUACAGGCCGGCUCCCCAGCGUUGGCGAAGCUCGGAAAGCUGAGCGUCCAGGAGGUGGUGAAUUUGGUGAAGUGCGACCGGGUGCUGGCGACGAUUUGCGGGGCCAACACGUCCGUCGUCUACAAGGGGAAACUGCCGGCAGGCGCCGCUGCUGCAGUGCGGGUACCACAAAAGGUUACGCAAAUGGAUGUGUCCGACAUCCCCUUCAACGCCUGCGACUGGUCGCAUACCUCGCCUGCACGUCGGGGCAUUGUGUACGGGGACAUGGAACGCAACCCCGCCCAAUUCGUUCAGCUUCUCGAAUCCAUCACCAAGAAGGGGGAGGGUGUCGUCCUCCUCGGGAAGCCACACGCGCGGUCAGUCUGGGAAGUACUAAAGGCAGGAUGGCACGUCAUCGCGAUGGAAGGGAACUCCGAGCUCUUGCAAUUUACAAUUGAUCUCGUCAAAAGCGAGGUCAAUUCGGGUGCCCACAAUUGCGAGUUCAUGGUCGUCAWYGAGUCUCGCCCUCRCGCRUGGAACAACAAGACKGACAUGUGGUUCAAGUUGAGUGCGAGGAAGCGGAACAAGAUAUACGACUUCUUGUUCCUGCAAACGCGGCCGAAGAGAGACACCGACGCCGAGUACGCGCGCCGCAAGGACCACAUGUUCACRUUGCUCGACAACUACCACGGCGCMUCCCUCAUGAAUGCGAAGACCUUCCUCGAGAGGUUGCAAUCCCUUUACUUCGUAGAGUCAGAGGAGGAGCUGACGUUCGGCAGUUACUCCUYYUUKAUCUCCACGGAAGACGAGGAGACCACCGGCAUCGAGUUCGACGCGACUGCGGACGAGGAGGGCAGCGACACCGAAAGCCUCGACCUGCAGUAUGACCAACAUUCCGCGCAGCACGGUACAGGGYCGUCCUUGGCAGGUCCGUCRACAAGCCCAGCGUCCCUCGUGUCACCGAUGACGAAACCGGYGCCUKGCACUACCCCGAUGAAGUUGCUGCAGAGAAUGCAWGCUCUGGCCUCCGGCCAUCGCUCAYUGCGUCCCGGGUCUGACAUCCCACCCGAUCAUCUGUCUUGGACGAAUGCCAACAUUCACUUCCUGCCUGAGCCUCAAAGUCGUUCCACGGAGGCGGACUGGGGCCAUGACAUGAUUUGGCAUCCAGGAGUCGUCCAGCCGGCGAUCCAAAAGGGUGAGUGGAUCGUGGCGGUCGCUGUUCCGGACGGAGGAUGGAUGCCACUCCCUUGCGGGUCGAAGUCUGACUUCCUCGACGUCGCUAGAAUUGCGGUCCUCCAGAAAGUGAGGGCCGAGAAUGGCUCUUUCGCACCCGAAGACGUGUCCGUCAUUUCCACAGCCGGGCAAUUGUUCGCCGAACUUCAGGAGAAGUGCUGGUUGGAGCUGACGGAGGACUACUACGACCUCGACACGAGCCCCUCGAAAGGAAGGGUGGACUGGAAAAUCCCCCCUCCCAGUGGGACGCAUGUAAGUACACGGUCCCGGGGACCGGAAGGUGGGGAGAAUGAGGGCGACGAGGCUGGGGGCGGCAAACGAGUCCCGGGGCGACAACAAGACGGCGACGAGGCUGAGGGCGGGUCUCAGGGCGACACCAUGACAGCGGAAGGCAGCGGCGGGGUGGUGGGGGAGGCCCUCGGGCGUCAGCAGUCUGCCGGUCCCGGUCUGGAAUGCUCGGCACAGUCGGAGGACGUGCCCAGUUCGGAGACGGCGAAGUUCGCCGGGAUCCGAACUUCUCCAGGCAAGGCGUGUGGAGGACCCGGCGACAGGGAGACGGCGAAGUUCGCGAAGUUCGCCGGGAUCCGAACUUCUUCAGGCAAGGCGUGUGGAGGGCCCAGCGACAGGGAGUCCGCUAAGUUCGCCGGGAUCCGAACAUCUUCAGGCAAGGGGGGCCAACCAGGGAUAUUAGUGCAGGCGGGAGGGGCUGUGUGCGGCGGGCGGGAAGCGCAUUCAUCGGGAAUCGACACGGGUUCGGGCGAACUGGCUGCAUUGCAUGCAGGGGAAGAAGGCAGGGUGAUGGGCAAAGAGAAGGAAGUGGAGGAAGGAGACACAGGGGAGGAAUUGGAGGAAGGAAGGGAUGAAGGGGAGGAAGAAGAGGAUGAAGGAGAGGARGGGAAAGAAACGGAGUUGGCUGGGUUGCUAGGAGGGCAGGAGGGGGGAAAAGGUGAACUCGAUACAGGAGACGACGAACGGACUUCCGACGACGACGACGACAGAUCUGGGAAGUCUUCUGACGGAUUCGGGCAGCUGUACGGAGAACAUCGCGGGGAAGACGAGGACGACGAUGACACGGCACUGGGUAUGAAGACACAGGUGGUCACAAGCCUUUCGGCAGAACGUGAUGACUAUGAGGUCCAAGCAAUGACGUCUGCCAUCGAUUUCCAACACCGGUUCAACAAAGCUCGUAUAGCAGUCAGCUUGACUAAACCGAGUGUGCGUAUUGACAUCGAAGAAGUUAUCGACGGCAUCCUGGGCGACCACCACAUGUCCGCGCAGCGGUCCUCGACGCCUGGUGUCGACGGCCCUCUCGACGUCAAACCUUCCGGGGGAUCUGUCGUCGGUUUCUCGCCGACGAGCUCUCCGAUGCUGCGGCCGACCAUCGCCAGCAGAGGAGAAGGCGGGAUCGGGGGACGAGAAGAUGUCACAUCCCCGAAAAAAACUGCCGCCGGCACUCAAGCUCUCGACGUGCUGGCCUUGCCCACGCCAACUUCGCCGAUAAAGGAGCGGAGAGACAAACCAGCUGUGCGGGCCACGGCACCUGGAACAGCAGUGACUGUGAUUGGAAGCUUGCGGGUUUUGGACGACAUUGAACGAGGCUUGGUGCCACCUGACACUGUACUCUCGACCCUCCACGAUGACAACGAGAAGUGCCGCGUUCUGAAGAAGGUGCUCGCUUGCGAGGUGGUUUGGGUACAGGCCGGCUCCCCAGCGUUGGCGAAGCUCGGAAAGCUGAGCGUCCAGGAGGUGGUGAAUUUGGUGAAGUGCGACCGGGUGCUGGUGCGUCUGUGGAACUACUACCAGUUCAAGCACGACAAAAGGCCGGACGCGGAUUGGAGCCAGAGGUUCCCAUUCUUGAAAUCAAGGUCCGCAAUUUUCAGACAGUUUGAGAGUGGUUUGGAUGCUGAGUUGUGGGACGGGAGCACGAAAUACGUCACUGACUCCUCGCUGUUCAAGGACUGCCCGCCCUACAUGGGCUGCGACGACGACAGAUCAAUCGAGGCGACGGAGAAGCUGGCCGGUCACAAGAAGCUGUCCGUCGACUGGCGGAAUAAGGUCCUGUCCAUGUUGACUGGUAGUAGACUGAAGAGUCGAGAGAUCUCGCUUGCCGAAGGCAUUGUGCACAUAAAAUGGAAUGACACGGGCGACGUGACAUCCAUCGCGCCAUUCGGCAACGACCCCUUGGAGGCAGACAUAAGGAGUGCGGAGGUGAAGGAGGCAGUGGUUGCCACAAAGAGUCACACGUUCGUCCUCGAUCUGUGCGAACCGGUGGACCUGAAGCUUUGGAAACCGCAAGCGUGCAACACUCUGAAUUCCCAACUCCAGACGUGGUGUCCAUCGCAUUGGACGCUCGUUGUUUUUGUCCCGCGGCAGCAGAACCUCUCCUUUCUGGCCAGCAUGAACCAUCUUUCUUUCAUCAAGCUGCUGGAAGGGAAGUGGGUGAGGAGGAGUCAACAGAAGAAAAGCUUCCCCGUCGGAACAAUUUGUACACGAAUGACGACCGGAUGUACAUACUCUUCAAAGGCGACGAUUUGCGGGGCCAACACGUUCGUCGUCUACGAGGGGAAACUACCGGCAGGCGCCGCUGCUGCAAUGCGGGUACCACAAAAGGUUACGCAAACGGAUGUGUCCGACAUCCCCUUCAACGCUUGCGACUGGUCGCAUACCUCGCCUGCACGUCGGGGCAUUAUGUACGGGGACAUGGAACGCAACCCCGCCCAAUUCGUUCAGCUUCUCGAAUCCAUCACCAAGAAGGGGGAGGGUGUCGUCUUCCUCGGGAAGCCACACGCGCGGUCAGUCUGGGAAGUACUGAAGGCAGGACGGCACGUCAUCGCGAUGGAAGGGAACUCCGAGCUCUUGCAAUUUACAAUUGAUCUCGUCAAAAGCGAGGUCAAUUCGGGUGCCCACAAUUGCGAGUUCAUGGUCGUCAUUGAGUCUCGCCCUCGCGCAUGGAACAACAAGACGGACAUGUGGUUCAAGUUGAGUGCGAGGAAGCGGAACAAGAUAUACGACUUCUUGUUCCUGCAAACGCGGCCGAAGAGAGACACCGACGCCGAGUACGCGCGCCGCAAGGACCACAUGUUCACGUUGCUCGACAACUACCACGGCGCAUCCCUCAUGAAUGCGAAGACCUUCCUCGAGAGGUUGCAGUCCCUUUACUUCGUGGAGUCAGAGGAGGAGCUGACGUUCGGCAGUUACUCCUUUUUUAUCUCCACGGAAGACGAGGAGACCACCGGCAUCGAGUUCGACGCGACCGCGGACGAGGAGGGCAGCGACACCGAAAGCCUCGACCUGCAGUAUGACCAACAUUCCGCGCAGCACGGUACAGGGCCGUCCUUGGCAGGUCCGUCAACAAGCCCAGCGUCCCUCGUGUCACCGAUGACGAAACCGGCGCCUUGCACUACCCCGAUGAAGUUGCUGCAGAGAAUGCAUGCUCUGGCCUCCGGCCAUCGCUCAUUGCGUCCCGGGUCUGACAUCCCGCCCGAUCAUCUGUCUUGGACGAAUGCCAACAUUCACUUCCUGCAUGAGCCUCAAAGUCGUUCCACGGAGGCGGACUGGGGCCAUGACAUGAUUUGGCAUCCAGGAGUCAUCCAGCCGGCGAUCCAAAAGGGUGAGUGGAUCAUGGCGGUCGCUGUCCCGGACGGAGGACGGAUGCCACUCCCUCGCAGGUCGAAGUCUGACUUUCUCGACGUCGCUAGAAUUGCGGUCCUCCAGAAAGUGAGGGCCGAGAAUGGCUCUUUCACACCCGAAGACGUGUCCGUCAUUUCCACAGCCGGGCAAUUGUUCGCCGAACUUCAGGAGAAGUGCUGGUUGGAGCUGACGGAGGACUACUACGACCUCGACACGAGCCCCUCGAAAGGAAGGGUGGACUGGAAAAUCCCCCCUCCCAGUGGGACGCAUGUAAGUACACGGUCCCGGGGACCGGAAGGUGGGGAGAAUGAGGGCGACGAGGCUGGGGGCGGCAAACGAGUCCCGGGGCGACAACGAGACGGCGACGAGGCUGAGGGCGGGUCUCAGGGCGACACCACGACAGCGGAAGGCAGCGGCGGGGUGGUGGGGGAGGUCCUCGGGCAGCGGACAGAGAGGGCGGACGCGCAGAGCUGGUCAGGACCGGGGGUGGCGAGUCGUCAUCCCAAAAUAGACAGCGAUGCGGUGAGGGACGGGACUUCGCCGCCUGCCGGGGAUCGCCAACCGCUUCGGUCGGAGCGAGAGGGUGCGUGUGGAGGGCCCGGCGUCAGGGAGACGGCGAAGUUCGCCGGGAUCCAAACUUCUCCAGGCAAGGCGUGUGGAGGGCCCGGCGACAGGGAGACGGCGAAGUUUGCCGGGAUCCGAACUUCUUCAGGCAAGGCGUGUGGAGGGCCCAGCGACAGGGAGUCCGCGAAGUUCGCCGGGAUCCGAACAUCUUCAGGCAAGGGGGRYCAACCAGGGAUAUURGUGCAGGCGGGAGGGGCUGYGUGCGGCGGGCGGGAAGCRCAUUCAUCGRGAAUCGACACGGGYUCGGGCGAASUGGCUGCAUUGCAUGCAGGGGAAGAAGGCAGGGUGAUGGGCAAAGAGAAGGAAGUGGAGGAAGGAGACACAGGGGAGGAAUUGGAGGAAGGAAGGGAUGAAGGGGAGGAAGAAGAGGAUGAAGGAGAGGAGGGGAAAGAAACGGAGUUGGCUGGGUUGCUAGGAGGGCAGGAGGGGGGAAAAGGUGAACUCGAUACAGGAGACGACGAACGGACUUCCGGCGACGACGACGACAGAUCUGGGAAGUCUUCUAAAGGAUUCGGGCAGCUGUACGGAGAACAUCGCGAGGAAGACGAGGACGACGAUGACACGGCACUGGGUAUGGAGACACAGGUGGUCACAAGCCUUUCGGCAGAACGUGAUGACUAUGAGGUCCAAGCAAUGAUGUCUGCCGUCGAUCUCCAACACCGGUUCAACGAAGCUCGUAUAGCAGUCAGCCUGACUAAACCGAGUGUGCGUAUUGACAUCGAAGAAGUUAUCGACGUCAUCCUGGGCGACCACCACAUGUCCGCGCAGCGGUCCUCGACGCCUGGUGUCGACGGCCCUCUCAACGUCAAACCUUCCGGGGGAUCUGUCGUCGGUUUCUCGCCGACGAGCUCUCCGAUGCUGCCGCCAACCAUCGCCAGCGGAGGAGAAGGCGGGAUCGGGGGACGACAAGAUGUCACAUCCCCGAAAAAAACUGCCGCCGGCACUCGAGCUCUCGACGUGCUGGCCUUGCCCACGCCAACUUCGCCGAUUAAGGAGCGGAGAGACAAACCAGCUCGUAAGCAGUGACAAACGCCACUCUGUUUGCGCAACAGUGACCGCAGUGUCUGUCAAUGCGCACGAG